AUGUCGUGCCCUUUGCUUCAUAACCAUUUUCGUUUCUUCACACUCCCCCAGCUUUCCCAACCGCUAUCAUCCGUCGUGCGCCUUCAAUUUGCCGGCGGCCGGCGCUUACUCAAUAGAAAUUCAGCUCGGAUCUCGACCUUCACCUGCAUGUCUCACCGGCCUAACUUCCAAGGCGGCCGUCGCGGCGGCGGAGGUCGCGGAGGCGGUCGAGGCGGCGGCGGCGGCGGCGGUGGUAGAGGCAGGGGCGGAGGUCGCGGAGGCGAGCAGCGGUGGUGGGAUCCUGUGUGGAGGGCCCAGCGUCUGGGCCAGCAGCUCCCCAAGUUCGAGGUACUGGAUCGGGAUGAAUGGCUGGGUAAAAUAGAACAAAUGAAAAAUGGGGGAAAGCAAGAGAUGAUAAAGCUUUCCACCGAGAUUGAGGAAAGAGUUGGAAAUUUAUUGAACAGUUCCAAUGGGACAACAUCAGUUGGAAACAGUUCUACAUCCUCUGGGCCGGCAACGUUGCAAUCUAAACCUUCUGAAAUAAGCAGAUCAGCAUCACAUAUGGAGAUUGAUGCUGCCUCCGAGGAAUUUAGUUUUUCACUGAAACAAAAACAGGAAAAGAUGAGGGAAAGUGAGAGCGCAAAGGAAAUGCUGGCAUUUAGGGAAAAGCUUCCAGCUUCCAAAGUAAAAUCGGAAUUCUUGAAAGCUGUUGCAGAAAACCAGGUUUUGAUAGUGUCUGGAGAGACUGGCUGUGGUAAAACCACCCAGCUUCCUCAGUAUAUCUUGGAAGAAGAGAUAUCAUCUUUACGAGGUGCCAAGUGUAGCAUGAUAUGCACUCAGCCUCGUAGAAUAUCAGCAAUAUCAGUUGCAGCCAGAAUAUCUGCUGAAAGAGGGGAGAAGCUUGGUGACACUGUAGGUUAUCAGAUACGGCUCGAAUCAAAACGAUCUUCUCAAACAAGAUUGUUAUUUUGCACGACUGGGGUGUUAUUGAGGCAGAUGGUCCAGGACCCAGAUUUAACUGGAAUCACGCAUUUGCUAGUGGAUGAAAUUCAUGAAAGAGGCAUGAAUGAAGAUUUCCUGUUAAUAAUAUUGCGGGACAUUCUUCCUCGACGUCCUGAUCUUCGUAUUAUCCUUAUGAGUGCCACUAUCAAUGCUGACUUAUUUUCUAAAUACUUUGGAAAUGCUCCCACCAUACAUAUUCCUGGAUUGACCUUUCCUGUGAAAGAAUUUUAUUUAGAAGAUGUGCUGGAGAAAACUCGGUAUAGUAUCCAAGCAGAAUUUGACAACUUCCCAGGAAACUCAAGAGGCCGACGCCGUCAGCAGGAGGCCAAAAAAGACCCUUUGACUGAGUUGUUCGAAGAAGCAGACAUUGAAGCUCUCUACAAAGGAUAUAGUGCAAGCACCAGGCGAUCUCUUGAGGCUUGGUCAGAUUCUCCACUGGAUUUGGGCCUUGUGGAAGCAACCAUUGAGCAUAUAUGCCGCAAUGAAGGUAGUGGAGCCAUUCUUGUUUUCCUGACUGGUUGGGAUGAUAUUUCGAAGCUCCUUGAUAAACUCAAGGCAAAUAAUACUGUUGGAAACCCAAAUAAGUUUUUAGUUAUUCCUCUGCACGGCUCAAUGCCUACGGUUAAUCAGCGCGAGAUUUUCGACCGUCCACCUCCAAAUGUCAGGAAGAUUGUGCUAGCAACCAACAUUGCUGAGAGUAGCAUCACCAUAGAUGACGUUGUAUAUGUCGUGGACUGUGGAAAGGCAAAAGAGACGAGCUACGAUGCUUUAAAUAAGCUGGCAUGUCUUCUUCCUUCAUGGAUUUCCAAGGCAUCAGCACACCAGAGACGUGGCCGAGCUGGCCGUGUGCAGCCGGGGGUUUGUUACAGGCUGUAUCCUAAACUGAUCCAUGAAGCCAUGCCCCAAUACCAACUGCCCGAGAUGCUUCGAACCCCUCUGCAAGAGCUGUGUUUGCAUAUCAAGAGUUUGCAACUCGGUGUAAUUAGCACUUUCUUGUCCAAGGCACUUCAGCCACCCGAUCCUCUUGCUGUGGAGAACGCAGUUGAGCUUCUCAAGACAAUUGGUGCUCUUGAUGAUAAAGAAGAGCUCACCCCUCUUGGGAGGCAUCUGAGCACUUUGCCUUUGGACCCAAAUAUCGGGAAGAUGCUUCUCAUGGGAUCUAUUUUCCAGUGUCUUAACCCGGCACUGACAAUAGCUGCUGCACUUGCUUAUCGGCCACCAUUUGUCCUUCCUAUAAAUAGGAAAGAGGAAGCAGAGGAGGCGAAAAGAGCCUUUGCUGGUGAUUCGUGCAGUGACCACAUUGCACUCCUUAAAGCAUUUGAAGGAUGGAAAGAUGCUAAAGGGAACAGAAGAGAAAGGGCUUUUUGCUGGGAGAACUUCCUCUCACCAACGUCUAUGCAAAUGAUGGCCGACAUGAGGAUGCAAUUUCUCGAUUUACUGGAAGGGAUUGGCUUUGUGAACAAAUCCCUCGGCCCUGAAGCGUAUAACCAAUACAGUGAUGAUUUAGAGAUGGUAUGUGCAAUACUAUGUGCCGGGCUAUAUCCUAAAGUUGUGCAGUGCAAAAGGAGAGGAAAGAGAACAGCUCUCUUCAGUAAAGAAGUGGGGAAGGUUGGGAUUCACCCGGGUUCGGUAAAUGCCGCCGUUCACCUUUUCCCUCUGCCUUUCAUGGUUUAUAGUGAGAUGGUCAAAACCAGUAGCAUAUACAUUAGAGACUCGACUAAUAUAUCUGAUUAUGCUCUGCUGAUGUUUGGUGGAAAUCUUGUUCCGAGCAAAAAUGGUGAUGGUAUUGAGAUGCUCGGUGGAUAUCUUCACUUUUCUGCUUCAAAGACUGUAUUGGACUUGAUACGGAAAUUGCGUGGGGAGCUCGACAAGAUUCUAACAAAGAAGAUUGAGGAUCCAGGGCUCGAUGUUACUCUUGAAGGUAAGGGUGUGGUUGCAGCUGUAAUUGAGCUAUUGCACAGUCAAAAUUUGAGAUAUGUGUAAUUUUGUCAAUUAUAGGCCUUUUCUUACAUUACACAAACAAAUAGAACAAUCCACAUUAUGCUCACAUAUGAACCAUUUGAGGUUCUUCUAAGUUCUCAAACACAAUGGUUUUUAUUUAAUCAUUAUNGAAAUGUCUAUGUAA